CGGCUACAUUUCCAUUACAGAUCACUACAGGAUUCUGGGUUGUAUUUACUGCUUGAUUUACCUCUGGAGGAAUCAGAGUUGGGUUCUUCAAAAACAAGCAAGAAUUUGCAGUUUUUUCUUUCACAGUUUCUUCAUCUGGCUAGGAAGGGGAAAAAAAUCUGUUCUGUUUUUCCGUUCAUUGGACUGAAUUUCCUCCUUUGCUAGAAAGCUCGUGAUAUUCCUCCAGCAUAAUUGAGAAGCUAGUGGUGUUGGAAAGGGGCAAAGAGAGUAGAGCUCUGUCCAGUCAUCUUGGGAACUGUCUUUCAAGUCAGAUAAUCGUUCUGGCAUACUUGAAGAUGUGGGUCUGCUUGCUGAAUGUUUUCAUAAUGGUUUGCAACCAGGGAAUUUCUGGGAAUCACCUGGAAAUAUUGGAUCACCCUUUCAUUACCAUUUGGAAUGCUCCAAGUCAGGAAUGCCAGGAGAAAUAUAAUGUAUCUCUUGAUUUGGGAGUUUUUGAUGUAGUCAUCAACCAGAAUGAAGCCUUCAUGGGGAGAGAUAUCACUCUUUUUUACAGCAAUAGGCUGGGAUACUAUCCAUACUACACCGAGGAUGGAACACCAGUCCAUGGGGGACUCCCCCAGAAUGCCAGUCUCAAAGAUCAUCUCUGGAAGGUUCAACAGGACAUUAAAGAAGCCAUUACAGAUGUAGCCUUCAAAGGACUGGCCAUUGUCGACUGGGAGAACUGGCGUCCCUUGUGGAUUCGGAACUGGGACUCCAUGCAAAUCUACCAGAAUAAAUCAAUAGACCUGGUUAAGGAGCAGCACCCUGACUGGCCUGCUGAUAAAGUGGCCCACGAAGCCCAGGUAGAAUUUGAGCAAAGUGGCCGGGCAUUCAUGCAGCAGACUCUGGCCCUUGGUGGAGCCCUGAGACCUGGGGGUUUCUGGGGCUUCUAUGGCUUCCCCAGCUGCUAUAACUAUGAUUACAAACAUGCCAAUUACACAGGGGAAUGUCCAGAGAUUGAGAAGGAGAGGAAUGAGCGACUGCAGUGGCUCUGGAACCAAAGCCAAGCUCUCUAUCCCAGCAUUUACCUCCCAAAAGAACUCAGAUGCCUCAACAAAACCCUCAAGUUUGUCCGGCAUCGAGUUCAAGAAGCAUUCAGGAUAGUGAACCGGACGAAAAAUGGCAGAAUCCCAGUCUUGCCUUAUGCUUCAAUUGUAUAUGAGUUUACUCAGGAUUUUGUCUCGCAGGAGGACUUGGUCCACACCAUUGGCGAGAGUGCUUCUCAAGGAGCUGCUGGGGUGAUCUUAUGGGGAAGUACAAAUUACAGUUACUCGGAGGAAGCCUGUCUCAAUGUGAAGAAGUACGUGGACACUCUGCUGGGUCCGUACGUCAUCAACGUGACCAGCAGUGCCAAGCUGUGUAGCCAGGUUCUGUGCUCCAAGAAUGGGCGCUGUGUGAGGCAAGCCACCCACCCAGACGCUUUCCUGCAUCUCAGUCCUGCUGGCUUCAUCAUUAGGAAGCAUCCCGGGGAGCCACAGUUCAUUGUGAGGGGCAAGAUGUCGAAAGAGGAUCUAGUCCAGAUGAUCAAAGAAUUCAAGUGCCACUGUUACAGUGGCUGGGAAGGCUCGCAGUGUGAGAAGUCAACCCAAAACAAGGGAUACCCAAGCUAAACUCCAGGCCAGUGGUCUUGCUUUGCUCCUGGGGGCCAAAUGGCCCCCAUGGGAUCUGUGGCAGGUAGGAUGAUGCCAGGGAGUCAGGGCCCCACUCUCAGGCUUCUUCACUCAUCUGGCAUCUGCUCUUGCCUUUGCCUAACAUACAUCUUCACAUUUUCUGUGCAGAGGGAGGACCAUGUGAUGCGCUUCUUUUUCUAUCAGGAAAUGCCCAUUGUCCAGCACUUGCCUUGUCAGUUGUGAAAGCUAGCAAAACAUGAGUGGGAUGUUGCAGAGGAAGUUGGAGGUGGAGCAUCUUCUUGUACCCUCUAUUAGCCAGAUGUUCCUCUC